AAUUACUUCGCAAUGUACAUGUCAAAAAAGUAGAUUCAGAUGUUGUCUGCGCUUUUCUGUCUACUGAGAUUAAUCGCUACACAUAAUACAAAGUACGAUACUGGUAGGCAUGGCCACUAGACCGGCAACUAGACACCAGUCGCCAUAUCAAUAGGGCCAUAAGUUUUAUGACAUUUUCGCCAUAAUAUUUGGGUCACGAAAGUUCCACAUAGAGGUAUGUAAAAUAAUUUCAGAAUCUUUUACGUAUCGGUACAUUUAGAAACAUUGAGCAAAACUAUAACGUUAAGUUAUAUGCAUAAAUUUAGUAAAAGAAGGCUUUAUUUCACAGAAUCGGAGGAUUUCAUGCUAUGUACUAUAUACAUUUUUUGGAGCCAACAAAUAAUCUAAAGCGCAAGCCCAAAGAUAGGGUAAGUUUUAAACCUAAGGCUUCAAUGAAGAACUAACUUUCGCCCCUAACUGAAGAUUUUUACACGAUGAAUGCGAUUGAUUGAUCUUACUGGGGUGGUGGAGUUAGUGUUGUGUUGCUAAUCGUAACUCUUUUGUGCCGUGGAGGCGGUUCGGUUUGUGCAGCAUGGGGCCACGAAUGACGCGGUCCACUGCGGAUGAGCCCUUAGACCUGAGCAAGUGCUGAGAUGACUCCACCUUCACCCCUAACUGAAAAUAUUUACACGAUGAAUGCGAUUUAUUGGUCUUUAAUUUAAUUUAAUCUUUUUCCCUGUUUAUAAAUUGCCUAAUUGAAAUAUAAUUUCUGUUUCUAGGUUCGCUCAUUGCAUCAGGUGUGUUUCACGAUCUUAAUUAUCACAUAAAAUGUUCGCUCAUUGCAUCACGCGUGUUCUACGAUCUAAAUUAUCAUUUAAAAUGUUCGCUCAUUGCAUCACGCGUGUUCCACAGUCUAAAUUAUCAUUUAAAAUGUUUUCUCGUUGCAUCAGGUGUGCCCACGAUCUAAAUUAUCACUUAAAAUGUUCGCUCAUUGCGUCAGGCGUGUUCCACGAUAAAAAUUAUCACAUAAAAUGUUCGCUCAUUGCAUCACGCGUGUUCCACGGUCAAAAUUAUCAUUUAAAAUGUUCGCUCAUUGCAUCACGCGUGUUGCACGAUCUAAAUUAUCAUUUAAAAUGAAGACAAUGACAAUGUUCAGUAAGAAGCCGCUAAGUUCAUCGGAUUGGUG